CAGAAGUUUGUCGACGGUCGGAGCGGAUUUUACUUUCCGGUACGCUGAGUUUGUAAGUUGUCGCGGCAAGUUUGGAAAACCGAAUUAACUCUAUUUUUUGCUCCAGACACAGAUAAAUAGUGUUCAGUUCAGGCCCUGCACCACCAUCCCCUCCCCUCCACCUGCAACCACAGCGCACCAUGAAACGGACGGAGCUGCCCACCGAGCUGCCUGUCAAGGAGAGAGAGGUGGACAUCAUUAACAUUAAGGCGAUAGAAGACAUUGGUGACAUUCAGCAAGAGAACAUACUGCUGAAGGCUUUGACGCCAGAAGAGAACACACGAUGCCAGCACGGCAUCUACUUCCAGGACGGCCAGCGCCGUGUUGAUUAUGUCCUCACCUACCAUGUGAAGAAACCCAGUGGGGGGCGCCAUAGCCGCCAGUCAGCGCGACUGCUCACCGACAAUGCCUUGGCCCGUGGCCUGCGCCAAGGCGCACGUGGGCGGCUUACCUGCAAGGAUAAACACCACCAACAUCGCCAGACAGAAAAGGGGGAUUCUUCCUCAUCUCCGCCAUCCUCGCUGGCCACAGAUGUGGAGUUGGGUUGUCAACGUGAGAGCCUGGAUUACCACGAAGAUGAUAAGAGGUCCAGGAGAGAGGAGUUUGAGGGAAACCUCAGAGACAUGGGGCUGGAUCUGGAGAAAGAUGAGGAUGCCAAGACCCCUGGGGUGGGCUUUGUGAAGAUUCAUGCUCCCUGGAAUGUUCUUUGUCGAGAGGCUGAGUUCAUGAAGUUAAAGAUGCCCACCAAGAAAGUAUAUGAGAUGAAACAGUCGAGCAGUGUUGUAGAGAAAAUCAACUCAUUGAUCAGUAAAGUUUCAGAGCCUCUUCAUCCACAUGUUGAGGAACACCAAACCAAGAACAUCAAACACCUGUCCUACACUUUCUCGAGGGAAAAGCAACACCUGUUUGACCUCUCAGAUAAAGAUUCCUUCUUUGACAGUAAAACCAGAAGUUCAAUAGUCUUUGAAGUAUUAAAACGAACAAAAUGCACAAAGGCCAAAUACAGCAUGGGAAUCACAAGUCUACUUGGUAGUGGUGUCUACACAGCUGCCUACCCUCUCCAUGAUGGAGACAUUGAUGGGGAGAAUGUAGAGCCCAACGAUAGAAAGCUCUUGUAUGAGGAGUGGGCGAGCUACAGCGUCUUCUACAAGUACCAGCCCAUUGGCCUUGUGCGGAAAUAUUUUGGGGAGAAGAUUGGUCUGUAUUUUGCCUGGCUGGGUUUGUACACCCAGAUGCUGAUUCCUGCUUCUUUGGUCGGAAUCAUUGUCUUUCUCUAUGGAUGUGCUACUGUUGAUGACAACAUCCCAAGCAUGGAGAUCUGCCUCCCGAAGAACAACAUCACCAUGUGUCCGCUGUGUGACAGAGUCUGUAGCUACUGGAACCUGAGUACAGCCUGUGGGACCGCCAGAGCCAGCCACCUCUUUGACAACCCCGCUACGGUUUUCUUCUCUAUAUUCAUGGCUCUAUGGGCGGCAAUGUUCAUGGAGCACUGGAAGAGGAGACAGAUGAGACUGAACUAUGAGUGGGACCUGACUGGCUUUGAAGAAGAGGAGGAAGCUCUAAAGGACCACCCCAGGGCAGAGUACGAGUUCCAAGUCAUGCAGAAGUCGCUGAAGAAAGAACACAAAUCACAGCAGAAGAAGUCCAGAGAUCAGGGCGAGGAUCAUCCUAACAAAUGGAAGCAGACAGUUCAGAGUGCCAUGGCCGGGUUUCGACUGAUGGAGAAGGAGAAGCUGACAUGUCGGGAUCGUCUUCCUGCCUAUAUGACCAACAUUGUGAUGAUGUUGUUAAUGAUUGGUGUUACAUUUGCCAUUGUGUUUGGUGUGAUCCUCUACCGGAUCUCAACCAAGGCGGCUCUCCAUAUGAGUGCUAACCCGAUCACACGUAACCAUGUACGCCUGACAGUCAAAACCACCGCAGCCAUCAUCAACCUGGUGGUUAUACUCAUAUUGGAUGAGGUGUAUGGGAGUGUGGCCCGAUGGCUGACUGUGUUAGAGGUCCCAAAGACAGACAAGAGUUUUGAGGAGAGACUCAUCUUCAAGACCUUCAUUCUCAAGUUUGUCAAUGCGUUCACUCCCAUCAUCUACAUUGCCUUCUUCAGGGGCAGGCUGGUUGGUAGACCAGGCAGCUACCUGUAUGUGUUUGAGUCAUAUAGAAUGGAGGAGUGUGCCCAUGGAGGUUGUCUAAUGGAGCUGUGUAUCCAGCUGAGUAUCACUAUGUUGGGAAAACAACUCAUUCAGAAUAAUCUGUUUGAGAUUGGAAUACCCAAGCUGAAGAAGCUGAUACGCUAUAUCCGGUCAAAGCGCAGAUCUUUCCAAGAGGAGGAGAGAGAGAAGAAGCUGCAGAGAUAUGAGACAGAUCACUUCCUUGAACCAUUUGCUGGAUUGACACCUGAGUAUAUGGAAAUGAUCAUCCAGUUUGGUUUUGUGACAUUGUUUGUGGCGUCCUUUCCCCUGGCUCCUCUAUUUGCCCUUCUCAACAACAUUAUCGAGAUUCGACUUGAUGCCAAGAAAUUUGUCGCUGAGCUCCGGAGGCCUGUGGCAGCCAGGGCUAAAGACAUUGGUAUAUGGUACAACAUACUGAGAGGGGUGGCAAAAGUUGCUGUCAUCAUUAAUGCCUUUGUCAUCUCAUUUACCUCAGACUUCAUUCCUCGGCUAGUCUACCAAUACAUGUACAGCCCUGAUGGCACCAUGCAUGGUUUUGUCAACCACACCCUUUCCUAUUUUAAUGUCAGCCACUUCCAGAGUGGCAAGGAGCCCAUCGACCCCCUGUACCUGGGUUAUCCGGUUGAGAUCUGCAGGUACAAGGAUUAUAGGGAACCCCCUUGGUCAGCCACUCCCUAUGAGAUCUCUAAGGAGUUCUGGGCUGUUCUGGCUGUUAGACUGGCCUUUGUCAUAGUCUUUCAGAAUGUUGUGAUGUUGAUGAGCGACAUUGUGGACUGGCUGAUCCCUGACAUACCGAAAGACAUCAGUAUCCAGAUCCACAAAGAGAAGAUUCUGAUGGUGGAGCUUUUCAUGAAAGAGGAACAGGGCAAGUUGCAAAUUCUGGAAAACAUGACCUCCAUGGGAGCCAAGGAGAACUACAGCAGCAGCAACAACCACAGCCCCGCACUGCGACCACGCUCUGUACAGCACAGUAACAAUGCCAACAGCUUCUGAUGCUAAUAACCGUGGAUUAGUGGGCUGCUAGUUAGCAAGAUAAUGUCGCUGCACUGGUAAACUAAUCUAGGCUGAGGCUAAAAAAAAAUAGCUGACCAGUUAGCUAACUGGCAGCCUGCUUGCUCAGGCCAAGUCAACUUCUGUGUCCUUAUUCUUGUCCAGAACAUUCCAACAAAUUGGAGGGCAGUUCUGUGGUGUUUUUAGAAAGAAAAAAAUCAAACGGAGCUUCGACUGGGAUUUAACCAAUUAGAGAUGCUCCAGAUAGACUUAUUGUCUUAGUUCACAGCUGUUUUUCGGCCACAUAAAUUUAUCUUAGUAACUAGCUAUCUGCUUGCUAGAACUAUCGAUAAUAGCUGGAUGUCAUAGAUCUCAGUGGCAUCCAUGUUAGCACCACAGUCCUGCUCUUUGGCUGUUGCUUAGUAACAGCAUUGCCAUCUAGGAUGUUUAAAAAACAAAGUGAUGUUGAGGGGGACAUUUCUAUAUAUCCGUAACCAAAAUGUCUUUGUUGUAAAGAAGGGGCAACAGCAUGGUACCAAUAAAUACUGUAUUUAAAAUUGUUUGGCGUAAAUGUUGCAUAACAAAUAUAUGUUUGGGACAGCCUUUGAAUGCCUUAUAAAAUUGCUAAUAUUAAGAUAGACUGAUAAAUGAGGCCAAAAGUUUUUCUUUCAAGUUGGGCAAAACACAGCCUGUCAUGCCGAAUGGGUGAAAAGUUCAAACAGAUACAUAGCAGUUAGGUAAUCAGAUGUGGUUUGCCAUCCCUUUGUGGAACAAGUGAACCAAUAUGUGAGAAGUGUGCCUUCACGUCCUCUGCUUAGCAUAACUACACAUAAUUCACACUACUCCCAUAAUGCAAGGGUGCUUCUUUCCCUUAGUUCAGCUGUGGACAUGACAGUAACAGUUAAGUUGCUACCGUACCAAGGGCAUAAGCAAUGUUUCUAUAAAGCUUUUUUUUUUUUUUUUUUUGCAAAUUUUUGAGUUUGAAUGGAAGUUGUCAAGAACAACGAAAGGUUCCCACUCGGGGUGAAUAAGUGGACAGGUCAAUAAGGAGAUUAGGUGAUUAUGAGUGAAGGAAACUAUUUUCAAAUAAAUGAAAAUGUUGGGUAAAAGGAGUCCUGCACGCAGAGAAAGUGUUUAUAUAAACAAGCUAAUGAAAAUAUAUCUGAAUCGCAUUAUUUUUCUGACUUCACAACAUUUUUCUUAAAAUGCAUUCACAUUUGGAAUGAGACAGGCAUAUUGUUUGCCUUGGC